UCCUACCUUGCACAUUGCUCAUGCCUCGGACCAUGUUGCAAACAGCCGAAUCACAUUCCCUUUUAUUCGUCCUCGAGGCUCCUUUACGAGCUUCACGCUCUCACUUUUACACAAUAUUCAACGGUAAGUUUAGACUGAUUGAUCUUUACACAGAAGCGAUCGACGAACCUCAGUAUGGCUAGGGUUCUACCCUGCAUCAUCACGACGACAUCGAAGCCUAUUCGUCAAUGGAAAAGCUCAUUCCGAUGCUGACCGAUGAACGCAUUACGAGUAGGGCUUUCCCACACAGUGCAAUACCUUCCGUGAUCCUGGACAUUGGCCGAAGCCAUGCGGAGACUUCCUGCCUUCGGAGCGUACUUCCAGUGCUGAUGGCCAAACUCGUGUAAGAAGCACGUCCUUGCAUCUACGGAACCAUUUGCCUCGCUGCUUGACCGGCAAUAUAAGGUCUUCACCUGUAGUAUGCCAUUUCUCUAGGUUGCUCAUGCUCACAAUGCUCUCAUCGCUGGGAUUUGACAUGAAAAGCGCUGGGCGCACAGCUAGCCGUAACGGUUCGAAGUAUGUACUAGAGGUACCUCGAGGAUUCUCUGUACAUGUUCUCAAGAACCCGGCGCCGCCGCCUGCUGUAAUCCCUGCCAAACUCGAAUAUAGCGAGAGCCAGAACCGCUCUGUUCCUGGCGCAGUAUGGACGAAACCCUCGUCCUACCCUUCUCGCCAGGAUACUGACCGGAAAGCAACACCUCCCGACUCCCGCCAGCUUUCCGUGUAUGCACCUCCUUUCGAGCCCAAACGUUCAAAAUCUCACAGGCCCUAUCAAAUCUAUCCAAGCUCUGUCAAUGACACUUAUAUCUAUGAACGAUCCGUUUCAUCAGCGUCCGAUCUCCUAGCUAGCCCAGCUUCGACAUCAAGCUCGGAUUCGGACUUCAGCGAAGAUCAUGCCAUGUCUCUAUCAUUGGAAGUUUCGUCUACUCGUGCUAGCAGUAGCACAGAGACCUUGGAAACGACGGCGUUGAUCGAACAAAAUUCGAGACAGCCAUUCUUGUCCGUCUCUCCCCCUGCCACGCAGCCUGUAGCGUUCACGACGCGUUCUUCUCCUCCAGGUCCUGCAGGUGUGAUAUCGUCGAGGAAUCACACGUCAAGGCCUGUUGUUCCUUUUCCUUCGGUUGCUGUGGCCUCGGACGACGAUAGCGACACCGUUGUUUCCGAGGGCGACCAAGAGAAUGCUGCUAGACCCUACCUGGCCCAGUCAGGCGGAGUCACUGCGACAAGUAUUGGUGCCUCCCUUCCUCUAUCGACCCCAAUUCGUCGCAAUGCUUUGGAGCGAUCCUCCAGUGGCCGUCCUUCAGAGACAAUUUCAUCUGGCGGCAACGUUCGACCGCCAUUAUGCUCGAUGCGAACAGACAGUUCCAUCGCCACGUAUGACGAGAUCAAUCCUCGAGCGCCACCUGGACUCCAGCCAGCGGCACCUACGAGAAACUCGCCUACAUUACUUCCUCCUCAACCUAAUCUUGACAGUGUCUUGACAAUCGGUACCCGACGCUGUGUCCGGUGGACGGAGAACCUAAUUUGGCCUUCACCCACACCUCGACGGAAAGGCUGGUUUAAUCGCAGAGGAGACCAACUGUGGACCAAUGAUGGUCGCUUUAAGUCCCCUGAGCCUGGACUUGAAUAUCCGCCCGACCUUUCUAACUAUCCGGAGCCAAAUAAUGGGUGGAUGAAUGAGGACGGUGUUCGCAUUGACAUGCAACACAGACUGGUCCCGAAAUCGCCGCUUCGCUCUGCGUUGAAACGUCCUAAGUCAACGACACCCUCACCUACCACCUAAGAUAUUCCAUAAGAUAUGACUAUAUGUAUGAAUAUGGUUCAACUAAGUAUGGUUCACCCGAGUAGUGUGAAGCAGGCUUCCGCUACUGAUGUAAACCUCAUUUAGUCGUUUUUACAGAGUUCUUCGCACGCGACAUGUGCUAGUAACACCUAUGUAGAAUACAUCCACGUCCUCAUCCUUGCAUAAUACAUACAUUCGUAUUUAGGCCCUCUCCUUUCCUUCGAA